AUGGUCGAUGACCGCCAUGGAUAUCCCGUGGGAUUUCCCAUGCGGGGAAGAGGUGGUUUUGACAGAAUGCCUCCUGGUUGGGGUGGGCGUCCCAUGCCUCCAUCCGGAAGAGAUUAUGAUGAUAUGAGCCCUCGUCGAGGACCUCCUCCACCUCCUCCUGGACGAGGAGGAGAUCUAAUGGCCUCUGACAGAAGAGGGAGACCUGGAGACCGUUAUGAUGGCAUGGUUGGUUUCAGUGCUGAUGAAACCUGGGACUCUGCAAUAGAUGCAUGGAGCCCAUCAGAGUGGCAGAUGGCUUAUGAACCACAGGGUGGCUCUGGAUGUGAUUAUUCCUAUGCUGGGGGUCGUGGCUCAUAUGGUGAUCUUGGCGGACCUAUUAUUACUACACAAGUAACUAUUCCCAAAGAUUUGGCUGGAUCGAUUAUUGGCAAAGGUGGUCAGCGGAUUAAACUCCGUCAUGAGUCAGGAGCUUCAAUCAAAAUUGAUGAGCCUUUAGAGGGGUCCGAAGAUCAGAUCAUUACCAUUACAGGAACACAGGACCAGAUACAGAAUGCACAGUAUUUGCUGCAGAACAGUGUGAAGCAGUAUUCUGGAAAAUUUUUCUAAGACUAGUGAAGAACUGAAGGAGUCCUGCAUUUUUUUUUUUUUUUUAAUCUGCUUCUGUUUAAAAAGCCAACAU